UGGAUGUCUGUCUUUCUCCCCCCGGAAAGGAAGUGACCCGCUUGUCAGAACAGGAAUCAGGCCACGGCUAUGCUGUGGGACAACCCAAAUUUUGUUCAUAUCCUCUACAAAUGCUCAUAAAUGUAGAACUGACUGUAUAGAGUUCACUUGUUAUUACCUUGGUCAAUAAUGACCUCAGCCCCCAAGGAGAUAACUGUCUCCAAUAUUACUGGUAUUUUAGUCCUUAAGGGAAAGCAGUAUUCUGAUAAGAAAUCAUCUCUGCACUCGUGAGCAAAAGCCCUGUGCAUGUAGAGACGGUAAAGAAUACUCUUAACAAAUUAUUAAAUUUGAUUUGAAAACAAAACAUUUAAUUCAAGAACAUUAUUAUUUUAAAAGAAGUUUAAAUCUGUCAAAGACUAUUAAAUUUACUCAAUAAAUUAAUGCACCUCUCUCUGAGCACCCCGCCCCUACUUCCUACAGCGCUCUACACCUCCCCUUUCCUAUUUCUAUGCAAGUCUGUUCACUGCCCACUAUAAAUACAUCUAACCUGACAAUAUCCUCUCCACUUCCACUCAGAGAACAUUAGUACUUCCUAAUUUCUCCUAUUUUCCUUUUUUCUAUAUCACAGACAUUCUUACUAAUAAUGACCUCCCCUUUGGCUACUUUGCUCAUUCUCCUUUUGCUUGUUUGGCCAAGCAAACCAGCGACACCUGGCAGAGGCCGGACACAGCUGGGCGGAUAUAUGCGGACAGAGGACAUAGUUCAAUCUGUACUUGAGGAAAAGGGCAGAGACCUGACAGGUAUGGACAGCAGGAGAGAUGGUGGAUUUGGAGACUCUCGUUCCUCGAAACAAGGACUACCAGAAGCAGAAGAGGAAGAUGGAGACACGUGGGGAGAGCCUGGUACUCCAUCUUACUUCAGAUCCCCAUAUCUAACAAGCGACAGCAAACUGUGGGAACCCCGCAUCUCUUCUCGAUGUGUGCCAGUGCCCUCCAACAUGGCUCUGUGCCACAACAUUGGUUAUGACACCAUGCGGAUCCCAAACCUGCUGGGCCAUGAUUCUCCAGCUGAGGCUGUCCAGCAGAGCGCCAGCUGGUUACCACUGCUUGCCAGAGAGUGCCAUCCUGACGCCCGCAUCUUCCUUUGCUCUCUCUUUGCACCAAUAUGCCUAGACAGGUUUAUCUCCCCGUGCAUGAGUUUGUGUGAAUCUGUACGGGAAAGCUGUGCUCCCAUCAUGAGUUGCUAUGGUUACCCCUGGCCGGAAAUUCUGAGGUGUGACCAGUAUCCCGCAGAUCACCUGGUGUGCAUCUCCUCCAUCACCAACGCAAGCGUUUACACGGGAGCACGUGGAGUGCCUCAGGCAAGCUGUCGGGACUGUGAGCUAGAGGAGGCUUCGUCCCCUAAAGACACACUGGAGACUUUUUGCAGGAGUGAUUUUGUUGUGAAGCUGCGUCUGACCAGACUCAAGUACAGUCCAUUAAGUCUUUCUCAGUUCUCCCUGGCUUCUAAGUUGGACAUCUUAAAGCCUGGGCCCCUGUCAGGGGGGCAGAUACGCUCAGGGAUUGAGUUGUGGCUGGAGAGAGAUGCUACGUGCGUACAGAACAUGACCCGACAACAUCCACGAGGCGGCACCUUCCUUGUGACAGGGACAGUCCAAGGGGAACGCCUGGUGGUCAACAAGGCUUACGUUUGGCAAAGACGAGACAGAAACCUCACUGCAGCUUUACGCAAGUGGAAAACUCACAGAUGCAGGAACUAACAUCUUGGAAAAUUCUAACUGAAAUGUGAGAUCAACUAUGGUUUUGGGAAAGAGU